ACACGACACAGCACCAGUAAUGACAACAAUAAUCAUUGUAUGAUUGAACGAUUAGACACGUCUCUAUCUUCCCCCACCAGCUAGCGGGUCAUUUCUCCACCAGGAUACUACCCCUUCGGAAACAUAAUCGCAUUGAAACAAAAACACCAACAAACAUUGAGCUUCCCCCCCUCUUCCUCUAAUCUGUGCACCGAACUGCAGUCAACCACAAUGGCUGAACCAAGCUCUUUCGUGGCUGACACACCUACCUUACUGUCCAUCGCCUUUGCGCUCUCCUUCAUGCCAAUCGCCUUUGGCCUCGGCACCUGGCUCAUCCCUUCGCACCAGCUCCGCAAUCGCGCGCUCUUCUUUUGGCAUGCUUACGACGCGCUGACCCACCUCUUCAUCGAAGGAUCGUUUCUAUACGAGUGCUUCUUCAGCUACGUCACCGUUCCAGCGGGUGUACUUCGUGAGCCAUUUUUUCUUGGCCACACUGACCGACUCUAUGGCGCCAAAUACGGUACACUGCCCAGCGCGCGUCUGUGGCAAGAAUACGCCAAGGCUGAUCACCGCUGGGCCACGGCCGAUACUACCGUGAUUUCGCUGGAGUUGCUUACCGUGUUUCUGGCUGGGCCCGCUGCGGUCUAUAUCUGCUAUUUGUUGUACCGGAUCGCCAACCCGAAACUCAACGCCCAAGAGAAAGGUGCUGCCCAGGGAAAAUUAUGGCUUGUCUCUUCCGCCGUUGCUACGGCCGAGUUAUACGGCGGCUUCAUGACUUUUGCGCCUGAGUGGUUGAGCGCGAAUUCUCAACUUGAUGGCAGCAAUCCCGUAUUUUUAUGGUUGUAUCUGGUCUUUUUCAAUAUGCUCUGGGUGUUUGUGCCGUUUUGGAUUUUGACGGAGGCGUACAAGGAGAUCAAGACUGCGUUUGUCAAAGUAGAGACUGCUUCCACCGGAAAGAAGAAGGCAUAAGCUUGGUUUUCCUUCUCUUUCGUGGUUGUACUGCCUAGCCUUUGCUGACAGGGUUUAUGAUAAGCGGGUAUAUUUUUAUGGUAUAUAAUAGGUAUUAUACUUUGUAAUUAUUAGCGAUUAUUGGAAAUACAAUCUGCAAAUGUGUUGAUUUAAUUGUGUUACCAUUUGACGCAUUAAAUCACGAUUAAACCGAUAUCAAUUUUGCAAUCUCUG